CAGGACAAGAUGGCCGCGUUUUAUCGCUACUCGUGUUUAUGGCACGGUUGCGGGAAACAGUGUGGCUCUUUACUCGAUUUGAUAGACCACAUYGAGCUUGUACAUAUCGAGAAAGAUCAGAGAAUACUUGAAAAGCAAGAAUCUUCUUCUCCAGCCGCUCUUCCUCUGUCGUACAUCAACUGUUUCUUCACCGAAGCGGCUCGCCGGGCUCAACAAAAAGAACAUGAACAAAUUAAUGACACUUCAACGCCAAAUACAGAACAUACUAUAAAAAAGAAGCGACCUACAUCGCCUAAAAUGACUUUUCAUACUAUUGGUAACUCAGAGGCUUUCGACAUUGGGGACGAAGAUGGGAAUAUGAGCGAUAAAAGUGACGAAUCGUGGAGUUCCGAUCAGAGUUUCCCAAGCGACUUCAUAUUGAACGCUCAAGUAGUUGCAGUGGACGGAGGCGAAGGAAAGAGAUACGUUUGUCCKGUCGCUGGUUGUGGAAAGCGCUACAAAAACGUUAAUGGUAUUAAGUAUCACGCUAAAAAUGGACAUAAAAUUCAUAAGAAGGGAGAACAUAAGGAGAAAAAGGCUCAUAAAUGUCACUGUGGAAAGAGCUAUAAAAGUCCUAGUGGACUACGGAACCACAUGCAAUCACAGCAUUCCUCAUUCACCACACUACCCCAUUAAAUAUUUAAUUGUCCACUAUUUAUUGAAUUUGCAAAAGAUAUAGGAAGAUGAGUAGAAAUAGAAUUGAAAGAUUUUACUUAGGACACGUUAUUUGAAGAUUUGUACAUAUUGUUUGCACCUUGAACUUCCGCAAGACGCAGUUUGACAACCGAAAAUGGAAGUUACUUUGUGWAAUUCACGAUAUUAUGUCUGCACGUGGAAGCGAUGUAACGAAAAGUUGGUAUUGUGCUGUAUUGUAUGGUAUAUAGUAUUAUGUAAGACCUUACUUUCACCCCACUUCAAUAGACUGGYAACUUCGCACUUAUUUAUGGAGUGUAAACAUGAUUAGCGACACUGUCAGUGAACUUACGUUUGCUCAGAUAGUUUCCACAAUACUUCAAAAAUAUAGCUAUUUUAUCAUUUUUAUUGUAAUUAUUUACAUUCUUUUAAUGUAGAAAAACAUCUGCUCAUGUUGAAAUUAACAAGGGCUUUGAAAUGAACAAGUAAUUACCGAUUCCCUGGGGAUAACGAUGUAGUCUUCCAUGAUCAGUUAUUGUCUGGGUAAUUGUGUAUCCUGGUGACAUAAUUACGAUUCAAAUGGGACAUUUUUUUUUGCUGUUAGUGUUUUGUUACCAAGGUUAUACGUUCUAUUUUUGAUUUGCAAACUUUUUAAUAGUAAUCAAAAAAUAAUGCUGUCUCUUUGAAAAAUCACAGUACUGCAGUCGUCUUAUAGAUAUAAUUUUUAUUCAUUGAAUUAUUCUGUUUCUCUAAAGUAAAAAGAAAACUUUUUAAUAUUAUCACAUGCACAUCAUAAAAUGAAUCUUGAAUCAUCAGUCGUAACUUUCAUGCAUKGAAAUCAAAAAUCAACUAAUCAUGGAAAUCAUGGAAUGUCCAAUAAUUGAAAAUUAUUUGAGUACUWCAUCAGUCUAUGUGUGUCUUUUUCCAGAUUUUAUUUUGCAAAUGUUUGAUUCUUGGGUGCAAAUGAAURAUAAGUGUGUUAUCAAGUACUAGUAACUAUUUCUUCCAAGAAAUUUUAAAUUUUAGAUUUAAAUUAUUUUGUAACUUAUUAUAUUAUAUUGUAACUUAUUAUUUAUACAGAGAGAUUGAUUAUUUGCUUACUAGAUGUAUAGUAAGUCACCAUGUAAUAUUGCAGUCACUAAGAUUAUUAAAUAUUAUCUACAUCUUGCUUACAAAGCAAAAGAAAAUAAAAUCAUUGUAUAGAAUA